GGGAGGGCGACGUUGUUUGUGCAUCGGCUCUGCGGCCGCUAUAUAAUGUCGACAAUGACAAGGGAAUGGAGAAACUCACUAAAAGAACGACCACGCUCGUCCUACGAGACAACUUUGACCUCAACCGGCUUGUCGACGGACGUCUGGACGCGAAGAGGCGGAUCGGACUGAAAACUGAGGUGUCUUUGUCCCCGAAGCCGCGCACACUCAGGCGACCAUAGCUGACCUUCCAUCUCUCCUGUCACACGAGUGAAGCAUUCCACCGCUCUUGUCCUCUCAGUCGGGAUGGCUCCUACCUUGGCUACGGCUUUCAGCCGCCGUUGGUGGAUGGCGGUGACGGCGGUCAUCGAGAACCUGCUUUUCUCUGCUGUUCUCCUGGGCUGGGGAUCCCUGCUCAUCAUGCUCAAGUCAGAGGGCUUCUAUUCCUACCUGUGCAAAGCACCAGACAACAACAGCUCCAACUUCAGUCUCUCCAACACGUCUGACGCUGAGGCGUCCGACGCCGAGGAGUACCUGGAGAUGAACGGCUGGCAAAUCUGCAAGGACCAGGAUGAGAUGCUGAACCUGGCCUUCACUGUGGGCUCCUUCCUGCUGUCCGCCAUCACCCUGCCCAUGGGCAUCGUCAUGGACAAAUAUGGGCCGCGGAAGCUGCGACUUCUGGGCAGCGCCUGCUUUGCCUUCUCCUGCCUCCUCAUCGCCUAUGGAGCCAGCGAUCCCAACAAUCUGUCCAUCCUGAUCUUCUUUGCCUUGGCCAUGAACGGAUUCGGAGGCAUGUGCAUGACUUUCACCUCUCUGACGCUUCCCAACAUGUUCGGAGACCUCAGGUCGACCUUCAUCGCCCUGAUGAUCGGAUCGUACGCCUCCUCUGCUGUUACUUUCCCAGGCAUUAAGGUACUCUAUGACCUGGGUGCUACCUUCAUCUCCAUCUUGCUGGUUUGGGCCGGUUGCGCCUGUCUGCUCUUCAUCAACUGCUUCGUCAACUGGCCGCUGGAACCUUUCCCUGGCCCGGAGGACAUGGACUUCACAGUGAAGAUCAAAUUCAGCUGGCUGGGAUUUGACCACAAGAUCACAGGGAAGCAGUUUUACCGGCAGGUGACCACGGUGGGGCGCCGUCUGAGUGUAAGCAACUCAGUAACGCAGCAACAGCCGCCUUCCAAAGACCUCGCUUCUCAAGACGCCAGCAAGAUGUGCCUGUCCGCCGUCGACCUGCAGGUGACGUGCAAGUCCCAAGAAGAAGCCCAGACAUUCAUGAGGAGCGUGUUGAGCCCCAUCUUCCUCCUGAGCCUCAUCACCAUGUGCGUCACCCAACUGCGCCUCAUUUUCUACAUGGGCGCGAUGAACACAAUUCUGGAGUCGCUGACCGAUGGAGAGCUCAACACUGUGGAACGGAUGCAAGUGGUCAGCACAUACACGUCCAUCUUCGGCGUACUGCAGCUAUUGUGUCUGGCGACUUCCCCAGUGAUUGGCUACGUCAUGGACUGGAGACUGAAAGAUUGCGAGGAUGAAAAUGACAAGUAUACUGCCAGGGAGCCUGGACAGCCUCGUCGGCCGGACAAAAAGAUUCAGAAGAUCAUCAACUCCACCCGAGCCUUCAUCUUCACCAACUUACUCCUGGUGUGCUUUGGAGUAACCUGCGUCAUACCCAGCCUCCCACUUCAGAUUCUGUCCUUUGUCCUGCAUACAAUUGUACGGGGCUUCAUCCACUCUGCGGUUGGCGGCCUCUACGCUGCUGUGUACCCAUCCUCUCAGUUUGGCAGCCUGACAGGCAUGCAGUCUCUGAUCAGCGCUCUGUUCGCCUUGCUCCAGCAGCCUCUAUUCAUGGCCAUGGUGGGACCCCUGGAGGGAGACCCCUUAUGGGUGAACGUGGGCCUUUUGUCGCUGAGCAUGCUGGGAUUUUGCCUACCCUUCUACCUGCUGUGUCACAGCCGACACCUCCAGCGUCUCAGAGACGAGCACGAUGACGACCCAAAGAUCUUCGUCAAGAUGGAAAACGGCAACAAGAUCGAGGCCUUUGUCUAGAUCCAGAGCAAGCACUUGGAUGAAUUCCAUAAACUUGACAAACUACACGGGGUCGGGGGGGGGGGGGGGGGGGGCGAGAAGAAAAGAGACGAGACAGGAGUCGCGGAGGUCACUUGCCUCUUGUAGGAACUCUUGCACUGUUUCUGUGGUGCCUCUCUGGGUUUGAACACGCACUCGUUCACAAACACAGUCAUGACUGGCCAACUGUGUUUCCUGCACAACUGCACACAGCUUCACCAUCACUGACAUCGGACACUGUGAUAAACUGGAUACACACACACACACACACAUGCAGACACGCAUGCAAUUUCAAGUUCCUUGGUGGUACAAUUGCAUCACUGAAGUGAGCGGUAAAACCGACAGACACAAAGCAAGUCUGGCUGUGACGAGACCACCCGUUACAGUUCUUGACGUUGAUAUUCAAAUCAUACUUUGCAUUGUUUUUGCUCAGCCUGUUCUUCCAUGAAAUGAGAUUAGAAGUAGAACAGCACACUCAAAUGGAAAAGCCCCAGUGCGCAGAUUGAACAGAAGAUUAAAUGAGUAUUGGGCUUUUAAGCCGCCACACAAAUCUAGAACCAGGAGGACUUUGGCUCGAGGACCUGUGCUCACACGUAACAUCAAAAGAUGGAGUCCAUUUUUACAUGUGAUAGUCAUGUCAAGUGAUGUCAUGGCUCAAGUAUUCUUUUCUUACAAACCACCUUGAGGGCAUUAGAAAAAAACUAAACAAUCAAAGACAGCAGAAUUGGUAGCAAACCAUGGUGGAAACAUACGAAGUCAUGCUGAUGUGAUGCAGUGUAUGAAAAUGAUUUUGCUGCCUGUUAGCGACUCCGACUGCUGGCUCUGGUGUUCAAACUUCCAAGUCUGGAGACUUUGUAUCACCACCUUAGAUCCACGUUUAAACGUUCGCUCUUUGUAUGUGACACGUUUCGCAGGAUAUUGUUAAAUAAUUGUUGUCUAUAUAUGUGUAAGCAAAAAAAAUGGUGUGCUUAAGAGAAUGAGACCUGAAAAUAGAUGCUGCAGGGUUGGCGUGGUGCGCAGGUGAAGUACCAUGUCAUUUUUUCGCGUGGCUUAGCUGUAGUAGCAAUAAGUUCCUCUGUGAGAUGCCAGGCAAGCACACUGUCGGUCAACAUACAUUUACAUUUUUUACGGUGAUUUUUUUUUUUUUAACCCUUUUACGGAGAGCGUUUACUACAGUGGGCAGCUUAUCAUGUUAACAGGUUACAGGGUGCAUGAAAGGGUUCAAAUGCCAUCAUUAGAAUGCAGCAAAAAGAGCAGCGCCUGCCUAUUUCCUUGGUUUGCUGUCCGUUUGCAGACAUCCUCACUGUAAAAACCAAGUGUCAAAGGCAGCAACAAUGCAUUCGCACUCAUCCUCUGUGGAAAACGUGAGAAUCCAAAUGGCUGAGAAUAGUUACAAAUGUUUUCGGAUGACGAGCCAAACCGACGCGUCUUGCCUGGCAUGAACUCACAGAGGCACUUCCUAAGAGUGCCUCUCGGUAAGUGCAAAUGAUGGAAGAAGUGGAACUCCACGGGAUGUGUCUCACCCCUCUGCCUUCCAUCUUUUACGUCCAUCCAUGUCACUGUCCAUCCAUCCAUCUCUCCGUCCGUCCACAAAUGACUUCCAAUGCCUGAGCUGAGAGACGAGCCUCCGCCCCCGUAAGAGGCUUCCCAUGAAUUGCACACCAUGCACUUUAGACCCCCUAGAAUGGACCUCAGCUGUGUAUUUCCGAAUAGUUUUGCUCCUGUCCGUGGCAAGAACAAUGCUCGGCUGCUGGCUGGUGGGACACGUCACCAAAGAAUGUAAAAUGAAAAAAUAUGGGAACAGAAAGGCAGACGUUUUUUUUUGUUUGUUUUGUUGUUGUUGUUUUUAUAAACUCCCGUAGAAGACUAGAUUUCAUGGCAUGCUCGUUACAUUGGGCUCAUAUACAGGCCACAAUAAGAGUCUUGUCUCUCAGCUCAAGAACGUCCAUCGAGGCAUGAUGGAAGACUUUGAAAGUUCAUAAAUGCAUGGAAACUUAAUGAAAUGCCAGUGGCUAUAUUGAACAUGAUCAUAUGUAUGAAUUCUCGGCUGGCUUUUUGCCCAGCAUGCACGGGUGCUAUAGUUAACGCGAAUGAGACGAUUGAAAUCAUUUUGGAAUCUUCUCGCGGAUGCAGAUACUUUGGGAGAGAAAUAAGAGAGCAACUUAGAAGAAUUCAUGGCACGUUAAUAUAGCCAUUGUUUUUCAAAGGACAAUUUUUGAUCCGGCCAGACUUGGCUCUUGUGUCUUAUUCUGUUUCAAUAUAUGCUCAGCUUUGAUCCACAAACAAGCUUUUGUGCACAAAAAUGUCGUUUAAUCGGUUUGUCUUAAGUUAACUGUCGCAUACCUUAUUCACGCUAUAUUUGAUUGGUUACACCCUUUAUGGUUUUCAAAAGAGAACUGAAAGAAUGAGUGGUUGAGUUGGUUGGUAAAAUCCGUUUGCUCCCUAAUCGGGAUUUGCAGGAUAUGAAUCUGCAUUUUCCCUUACCUUAAAACACCUCAUCGCUUCUGAUGUGAUUCAUCAAAGUCUACUCGACGAAUGACUUUCCAUUCUGACUGAUGUAUUGAUGUUUCGAUAAACCGCUUGUCCGCUGAUUGUCAAUCAAGGUGCCAUAUAGAUUCCAUUCAGGUGUUUCAUGUCAUGUUCGUGAUGAUCGAUAUCUGACAUAAUGCUUUUUUUUCCUUUUUACUCCCCUGACAUGAAUAUUUGUAUGAAUGAUUUUCAUUUCAUUUGAACUUCUUAGUUGUUUGGAGUUUUUUAAAAUUAUUUUUAUCUUAUUUUUUACAUUGUAUAUUUUAUGUUAUUCUUGUAUCACAUUAAUACAUUGUCAUUUUAAAUCAUGUUGUAACUUGAUGAAAAAAAAUCAUUGAAAAGAAUAAAGCGUAAUUUGUA